ACCCGUUACACUAACCAACUUAUUAUCAUUGCAUAAACAUCAAGCUAGCCACAAAUUAACACUUGGUUAUACAGUAUACUUAAAAACUAUCAAUUUCCAUGGACACUUCAUUCUACUCAUACACUCCAAACCAAUACCUUGCUUUCAACGAAAACGAUUCCGAAGAAAUGCUUCUUUACGGAAUGUUGUCCGAGUCUUCUACUUACCAAGAUCAAGACGAUCAGUUGUCAAACCAAAACUACACAUCAUCGGCAUACCCAGCUGAUCAAAAGAUUAGCUACAGAGGCAUACGUCCACGAAGUUGGGGUAAGUUUGCGGCCGAAAUAAGGGACUCCACACGAAACGGUGCUAGAGUUUGGUUAGGUACAUUUGAUACACCUGAAGAAGCUGCUUUGGCUUAUGACCAAGCUGCAUUUGUCGCUAGGGGUCCAAUGGCGGUUCUUAACUUUCCGGUAGAGACGGUUUACGAGUCCCUUCAAGCUAUGGAUUAUCGGUUUGAAGAAGGGAGUUCACCUGUUUUGGCAUUGAAAAGGAGUCACUCUAUGAGAAGAAAAGCAGUAGCCAGAGAAAAUAAAAGGAAAGGAAUAAUGAAAGAUGAUGAUGAUAGUAAGAAUAAUGAUGAGGUCGUUGUGUUUGAGGAUUUAGGUGCUGAUUACUUGGAAGAGAUUUUAAGAUUGUCAGAGAUCAGUUCUACUGCUUCUAAUUGCUGGUGAUUUAAUCUUCUAUAUAUAUAUCAAUAAUGUAGUAAUAUACUAGCAUAUAUACUAGCCGCGUAAUACGCGGCGGUAGCAGAUAGUUUAUAGUAGAUUGUGUUAUUUUGAUCAAUAAUCAAUUGUGAUAGUCUUCGAUAAUUCUCUGUACGUACCUUGUGUUAAUUAUUUAAUACUAUAGUUCCAUAUUGAA